UGUCGCGGUUUUGUAAUGCGGACCACUAAUUUACAUCAGAAGUCACUCACAAUCGGUUUGUACACGUAAUGGAUCUUGCUACUCGGGAAUUCGGAAUUGCUUCAGAUUAGUUCUAAUAUGGUACGCUCUGUGCUUCUUUUUACUGUUCUUUCUGGCGCCGUUCUUUUGGUUUCAGAUGCAUUAAUACCCAGGGAGAGAUUUGAUAUUGUGCAAAGACCAAACGAUGCAAACAUAACGUUUAUGGGCUACUCAAACAAUCCAUUCGGAUAUUCCCUCAGGGUUUCCAGCAACAAUUCCAUACAAUUAUCGGUGCAGAAUAUUCCGAGGGAAUCAAGGAACAAAAGGGGUGUACUAGAUUUGUACAAUAUGGUGAACUGCGCGACGGGUUGCAAUCCACUUAAAUAUAAAGGUUAUGGGUGUUUUUGUGGGUUUCUGGGCUCUGGUUAUCCAGUCGAUGGAAUUGAUAGAUGUUGUAAAUUGCACGACUGGUGUUACGAUGCGGCUAACUGCCCAAUGUUCCUCGAAUACUUUGUCCCUUAUCUAUGGAAAUGCUACCACAACAAACCUUUAUGUGCUAUACAUGGUGAUUUUAAAGAGCCGAAUUCUUGUGCAAGAAGACUGUGCGAGUGCGACCGUAGGCUUUCGGAAUGUCUAAAAAGAUAUCCAUGUCCAUCGUCCAGGGCUUUUUGCCGAUCCGCUCCGCUACGAUUUAUACAGAAUUCCUUUCCGAUUUUAACCUGAUUUCAAGGAAAAGAUCUGUUUUGAUUUUUUGAAAAUUUCAAAGUUUGUAAAUAUUUAAUGCUUUAAUAUUGAAGUACAAUAAU